AUGGAGGCAUCCCGCCGACGUCAGCUUCAUAGUUGUGACCCAUGUCGCAAAGGGAAAAGAGGUUGCGAUGCGCCUAAAGACCGAGAAGAAAACGUUUUCAAUUCUUGCUCAAAUUGCAAACGGUGGAAGAAGCAAUGCACUUUCAACUGGAUCUCAAAGCGCGGGGAGUCGAAAGGGAGUCGAAAAAGGGCCAAGCCCAACGCGGCGGAUCCCAACAUCGUAGGCCCCAACAACGAUGAUUUGGAUGAAGUGCUGCGCUCUGCACAAUGGAACGCUGCUACCUUUGGUGGAGCUUUUGCGUCGCCCGAAAGCUUGGAUUAUGAAUCCCCCUCACAACCGGGAGUUUGGUCUAGUGAGCUAUUGAGCUUCCCUACUCAAAGUCAACAUCUCUUUCAAUCCUUCCCAUGGGAGCUAGGUCCUCCAGCUGAGUUACCAAUGAGCCCGAAGCCAAUAUACCCGCCAUCCAAUUCCGAGGACUCCGACGUCCAAGUUGGCUCUUUGGACUCUCCUCCCAGUUCCGUCGAAAGCAUGCAUAACUUUCUCCAGCAAAGCAAUCCUGCACAACAGUCGCUCAUGGCACUGACCCCCUCAACAAGACAUCACAGUCGACAAAGGCCAGCUUCAGAAAGCGAGUCAGAGCAAGGAUCUAACCCAGAAUCUCAAUGGAGCUUCUGCAUCGCUUCUGAAAACACAGCCAAUCAGACCGCCCGGGCAGCGAUGUCCCGAAACCUCAUCCGAAUAUAUCAUGACAGCAUGGAGAAUGCGUUAUCAUGUUGGCUUACAGAACACAACUGCCCAUACAGCGACUCAAUCACCAAGGUUCUCCCCGACCGAAGAAUGGAGGACUGGGGUCCGAGCUGGUCAAACCGAAUGUGCAUCAGAGUAUGUAAAUUGGACCGGGUAUCAUCUUCAAUACGCGGCAGGGCCUUAAGUGCAGAGGAGGAUAAGAAAGCAGCGCGAGCCCUUCACUUGGCAAUCAUGUCUUUUGCAUCACAGUGGACCCAACAUGCCCAAAAGGGGGUUGGAGCGUCCAUCCCUAGCGCAAUCGACGAUGACGAACGGUCAAUCCGGGUGAAAGUCUGGAACGAAGCGCGGCAUGCCCUAGAGCACUCGAGCAAUAUCCCAUCUUUUCGCAUCGCGUUCGCAAACAUAAUUUUCUCUUUGACCCAGAGUCCGUUGGACAAAAGCCAAGAAGCAACUCUUGGUGAGCUCUUGGAGAAUGAUCCCGCGCCAAUGUUUUUGGAGACGGCAAACCGUCAAAUUUUCAGGUUUAGACACAAGUUCGUGAGACUGCAGCGCGAGGCCGCGGCGUCCAGUCCCAAAGGUAGUUGGAAUCGAUCAAUUGAUUCAACAUCUCCACAUAAUCUCCAGAUCUCAGGUUCAUCAGACUCUCCGCAACUUGACCCAGUCCUGGCUAGCCAGGAGCACCGCACGACCUUGGGUUUCAUGUUUUGGCUGGGUGUCAUGUUUGAUACCUUGAGUGCCGCAAUGUACCAACGUCCUCCGGUUGUGUCAGACGAGGAUAGCCAAAUCGCAUCGGCGUCGUCAUCGCCAGUUGAAACAGAGACCCAAACCGACACAAAUCACUGGAGCGCAGAAAACAACAAACAUGCCGCUCAAGAUGUGUGGGGUGAUUACUUCCUCUUAUCCUCAAUAAAACGCCAAGAAGCAAGCCUGGCCCAGCUUCGAUGGCCAUGUUCAUACCAAGAGGCCGCAUCUAUCCUCUCAGAAGCCACGCCUGUCAAAGUCCUCCUCUACCGCCGGGUAACACAACUGCAGACUCUAGUAUACAGAGGCGCAAGCCCCACACAUAUCGAAAACGUCAUCCAAAAGACUCUUCUCGUCUACCAGCACUGGGACUCAACAUAUCGGAAUUUCAUGGUCGACUGCGUCACGAACCACGAACUUCUCCCUUCCCGAAUCCAAUCAUGGUACGUGAUCCUCGAUGGUCACUGGCAUCUUUCUGCAAUGCUUUUGGCAGAUGUGCUAGAGAGUAUUGACAAAUGCAAACUCGGCUGCGAAUCUGCGCGCCAAGCUCGACAAUGUACGAAUCUGGUUGCUACAUUAAGGACGAAUAACGCUCUAGCAGUCGCUGCGCUUGCGCGGGCUUCGAUUCAAGGUCAAGACUCGUUUAUGGUUCGGGAUUUCCAUGAUUCUUUGAAUGAAGUGGCUUUCUUGGUUGAGCCGUGGACUGCUGUGCUUGUUCAUUGUUUUGCGAAGGCUGGGUAUAUAUUAUUGGAAAAUUUGGAUAUGCCUGUGGGUCAUAAUCUGUAUAUUGAUCGGAUGCGGCAGAAUUGCGAAUAUACAAUUCAGGCACUUCAGUAUCUUGGGAGAAAGUCCGAUAUGGCUUUUUUGGUGGCGCGGAAUCUGUUGAGAUCGCUGGAAACAGCUUCGGAACGAUUCCAAGAGCUAGCAUUCCUUGUCGAGUGA